CUCUUUUCUCAUACUCACAAGAACCAACAUUGAAGAACAAAAAGAAGAAGCACAAAAUUCACAAUUUAAUUACUUUUUCUUAAAAGACUAAAAAAAUGUCAGUUGUAGUGUCAAAUUCCCCUGUUUUUUCCCCAUCUCAUCACAAAUCGAUCUUCUCAACUUCAACUCUUUCUCCUCGCUCUCGGAUUUCGCCUUCAACAAGCACUUUCCGGCAGAGUUUUGGCGGCGGUGAUGGGCCGUCGACGUCUGGAUCUUCGCCACCUUCGGCGCUUGUUAAGAGGAAAAGGCCGGCGAGGUUGGAUAUUCCGAUUAUGAAUAUGGGUUUCGGAGGUCCGGGAACGCCUAGAGGUGUGCAGGAAACGAUGGUGGAAGAGGAGAGAGAUGGGUUUUACUCUGUUUGUUGUAAGAAAGGAAGGAGAGCUGUUAUGGAGGAUCGGUUUUCUGCUGUUGUUGAUAUUCAUGGUGACUCUAAACAGGCUUUCUUUGGUGUAUUUGAUGGUCAUGGUGGUGUUAAAGCCGCUGAUUAUGUGGCUGAAAACCUAAACAAAAACAUUAUGGCUGAAGUUGCUAGGAAGGAUGAGAACAGUGUUGAGGAUGCAGUAAAACACGGUUACCUGAAAACUGAUACCGACUUUUUGGAGCAAGAAUUGCUCGGUGGCUCGUGCUGUGUUACUGCCUUGAUCAACAAGGGUGACCUUAUCGUGUCUAAUGCUGGUGAUUGUCGGGCUGUGUUAAGCCGGGGUGGUGCCGCUGAGGCACUUACGACCGACCAUAGACCCUCGAGGCAAGACGAGAAGGACAGAAUUGAAGCAUUGGGCGGAUACAUUGAUUCUUACAAUGGUGUUUGGAGAAUCCAAGGAUCUCUUGCCGUGUCUAGAGGAAUCGGAGACAGGCAGCUUAAGCAAUGGGUGAUUGCUGAACCUGAAACCAAAGUUCUCAAAAUCAAAUCCGAUGAUGAGUUCUUGAUCCUUGCAUCUGACGGCUUAUGGGAUAAGGUUACUAAUCAGGAAGCUGUAGAUAUUGCCCGUCCUUUGUGCACAGGAAGUAACUCACAAACUCAGCCAUUAGCAGCUUGUAAGAAACUGGUGGAAUUAUCUGUUUCUCGAGGUUCUCUUGAUGAUGUUAGUGUAAUGGUAAUCCAAUUGCCGCAGUACAUGCAGUAGAAGGCAAGAUAACUCUAUAACAAAGAUGAGACAAUUAGGUUACAUUGCUUGGGUUGUAGCUAAAUGCAAGAUUUUGUAAUAUGUUUCUCUAUUGAAAUUGAUUUAGAUAUAGCUUUAAUCAGUGUUUGUAGGUAGGGUUAUUCUUAGAAAAUCUAAUUACUAUUCUUUUGGGGGGGAGUAUUCAUGCCCCUUCAGAUGUAGGCACAAGUGACUAGCUCUUGGCCUAAUUCAUUGUAAUGAACUAAUAAUGGUUAAUAAAAUUGCACUAACAGAUUCUUUUGUCACAAA